UGAAGACGCAACUAUCAGGGAUAACCUAUAGAUAAAGAUAGAUAUUUUAUAAACAACAAAGAAUUCAUUCUCGGCCCAAGUCGGUUCAGUCAACAUGACAGUCUUCAAUGGAACGGUUCUCGACGCGAAGAAGUCUCCUUCGGGAUCUUCAGCGGAACCUUCUUCACCCACAACCACGGAAUCGGGUACCAAUUCGCUGUAUGAUAGUGAGUCCGAAUACCGGCUAAAGUUGAACAGUAACAGCAACUAUGAUGUGUACCGAAGUGCUAUGGAGAUUGCACUAAAUAUUUCCUUUCUGGCGGCCACAAGCAAUCAGUUGCGAUCGCUUAUAAGUUUUCGGGAAUCGAAAGAUUUCGUGGCAAGUACGGUACUGGUGACCUGUUCUUUGGUGAUCCAAAUUGUGAUUGCCAUCCUGAGUGUUACUAUUGCGGUGAAUGACCGGCACAGGUGGAUGAAGCUGAAAAUUUUCACAACUAUCGCAGCCAUCGUUCUGGUGUUGGUCAACAUCAUAAUACCGUUUGUGAUCAACGCCGAGCACUCGCAUGUUGAUUUCUCUAAAAUUUAUUCACCAUAUUAUGUUUCGAAGAAUUAUGCAUUGUAA